AUGACAGUCAGCCAGUGAAGAGUUAAAGGGAGGAGAGUCAGAGUGACACGCCUCAUUGGGUGGAUUAUGUGCCGCAAACAAAAAGUGUGUGUCGGUGUGUCAGUCAGCCAGAGCACCGGGCCCCAUCUGUGUGUGUAUCAGUGCUCCCCUCUCUCUCUCUCUCUCUCCCCCUCUCUCUCUCUCUCAGUGUGUCAGAGCUCCUCUCUCGACCACAGCCCGGUCACACAGACACACUGUCCGUGAGCCUCUGCAGCAGCAGCAGCAGCAGCACCGUCACUGUCUCCACACCGGGAGGGAUGUACUGACAGCACGGACCGGGAGCGCAGCAACCUCUCCACCCUCUCCAUCCUCUCAUCCAUCAGUGCUCUGCUGGUUCCUCUCCAUCAGUGCUCUGCUGGUUCCUCUCCAUCAGGUCUCUGCUGGUCCCUCUCCAUCAGGUCUCUGCUGGUUCCUCUCCAUCAGUACCCUGCUGGUUUUCUCUGGGCUUUUUUAACUGGAGGAGCACGCGGGGUUUGAUCCGCAGCCUCGCGCUCGUUGAUUUGUGGAUUAUUGUUCCUGCUCGUCGAUUGAAAGACAGACAUGGAGGAGUCCAGCUCCCAGAAGUUGGUGUGGGACGGGGACGCCAAAGCGGUGCAGCAGUGUCUCACGGACAUCUUCACGAGCGUGUUCACGACCUGUGACAUCCCGGAGAACGCCAUCUUCGGGCCCUGCGUGCUGAGCCACACGUCCCUGUACGACAGCAUCGCCUUCAUCGCACUCAAGUCCACCGACAAGCGCACCGCGCCCUACAUCUUCAGGGUGGACACCUCAGCGGCUAACAGCACCUCUGAAGGUCUGAUGUGGCUCCGGUUGGUCCAGUCUGCCCGGGACAAAGAGGAGCAGAACCUGGAGGCCUACGUGAAGAACGGGCAGCUCUUCUACCGCUCGCUGCGCCGCAUCGAGAAGGACGAGGAGCUGCUGGUGUGGUACGGGAAAGACCUGAUCGACCUGCUGCUGCUCAGCGCCAGCCGAGCCCCCGCCAAGAGCAAAGGUUCCUCCCAUCACUCGUGCCCCGACUGCAGCCAGAAGUUCCAGUUUGAGUUCCCGUUCUUGGCCCACCUCCGCUUCCGCUGCACCAAGAGACUGCAGAGCAUCACGGGAGCCGACGAGGAGCCGAGCAAAGAGAGCGGCCCCGAGCGACCCGCCGCCAACCCGAGCAGGAGCAGCCCCAAGCUGGGCCGCUCCGAGGGCUUCAGCGGCCCGCAGGACGCCACCAAACCCUCCACAGACUUUCACAACCUGGCCCGGGACCUGGAGAACAACCGGACCAGCCCGCCCAGCGACAAGGAGGCCGAGGUCUGCAGCGAGAGCUCGGGGAAGAGGAAGUUCUCCGAGGUGGAGGACAGGGAGCGCCGGGCGCCCGGUCUGCCUCAGUCCAAGUCUAAAGACGAGCUGGCCACGUCGGCUCAGAACUACAGAGGGGCGUACGGCCUGGAGGAGAACCACCGCUCCUUCUCCCCGCCCGGCUCCACGCAGAUCGGCGAGGGCAAACGCAGCGCCUUCACCGAGGUCAAGAAGUCCGGGCAGAACCUGAAACACCACAGCAAGAACCUGCAGAGCGCCAACUCUGAGAACAAAGAUGGCGGCGGCCGCCCCAGCAGCAACCCGUCAGAGAAGCACCUGAACAUCCGGCAGGUGCUGUCGGAGACCCAGCCCCCCCAGACCUCGCCCAUGGGCAGCGCCUUCACCUCCGUCGGCCAUCAGGGAGGAGGCGGAGAGAGGAAGAGCGCCUUCAGCCAGCCGUCUCGCUCCUCCUUCUCUCAGAUCUCGCCGCUGGUGAUGCCGCCCAAGCUGCUGGACUGCCACCCAGCGGUGGGCGACACCAUCUCCUCCAGCAGACUGUACCAGGCCGACCACCUCGCCGCCAAGCUGCAGGGCGCCGAGCUGGGCGCCAACUGCCCCGUGCCGGGCGGCAUGGCCAAGCAGAACCCGUUCGUCUACGCCACCGCCUUCUGGCCCAAGAACUCGGGCCCGAUCCAGCUCCAGAUGCCGUCGGCGCUCACCCUCCUGCCGCCGUCCUUCACCUCGCUCUGCCUGCCAGCGCAGAACUGGUGCGCCAAGUGCAACGCCUCGUUCCGCAUGACCUCGGACCUGGUCUACCACAUGCGCUCCCACCACAAAAAGGAGUUCGCCAUGGAGCCUCUGGUCAAGAGGCGGCGCGAGGAGAAACUCAAGUGCCCCAUUUGUAACGAGUCCUUCAGGGAGCGGCAUCACCUGUCACGUCACAUGACCUCCCACAACUGACUGACCCACCAGGGAGGGACUAUUUUAUACCGCGGAGGGACGUGAGGCGGCCUGGAUCUAAGCGGACACUUAAAAACACUCGUCACCCGUUUGCACUUGUUCUCACUUUGGACUCUGGCUCCUGGUUUUUCCUCGGUCCCUGUACAGACGUCACGUUCUGGGUGUAUGCAAACGUUUGAAAUGAAUCUAUUUAUGAGGCACUUGUUGAGAAAAGGGAAGAUUUAAAUCUGUGUACAUGUACAGUAAGUCGUAUUUUAUAUCCUAUAAAUGCAAAUAUAGAGAAGGAGUCCACGCGGAGUCACACGCGGUCCUGGUUUACAGCGCAGCGGGUUUUUCAUGUGGACGUGAACACGGACACUCACGGGGGAUUUUAUGUCAGACUAUAUUUCAGAGUGCAUGUAAUAUUCAAAUAAUAUUGAUUUAAGAUGCGGUCUAUACGUUACGGUGUACAGAAGUUCUUGAUUUGAAAUACAAAGUGUCAGAUUUUGUGUCAGUGGGGAAUAGUUUCAGUGUUUCUUCCUUUUGCGGAAAUUUACUACUUGAUAGUUUAUCUAAUCAUGUUGAAUGCAUUGACAAUAAAAUAGCUUUAUUUUC